AUGAAGUUAGUUAAGAUUAAAACUGUGGAGUGUUGGACGUUUAACGCAACUGUGCUUUCAUACCCCGCCCCCCAUGGUAGCGUUAAACGUUUAACGCAACCUUUUUGGAAGUCGCAUUGGAAGUUUCAAUUUAAAAAGGCGGUCGAACGUCAACCACCCACACGAAACAAGCGGCCGACUGACCUGCGUGUGCGCGGCGCAGAACUCGGGCGUGGGCUGCCUGAACGGGCUGUGCACUGGGCACGAGGCCGAGUGCUGGGCGUGUGCCACGUGGUGGGCGUGCGCGUGCGCGUGCGCGUGGUGCGCGUGCGCGAGCGGGUGCGCGUGCGCGUGCGCCGCGUGGCGGUGGGCGAGCCGCGCGGCCGCCGGCUGGGCGGCGUGCCGUGCGCACAGGUGCGUCGCGCUGCCAUGGUGCUCGGCGAGCGUGAGCGUCGAGCAAGACGGCCGCCAGUAGCCGCCCCCCUCCUCCAUGUCAGCAGCGUGGGGGCAUCGCGCGGCGCCGCAGCACGCGCACCGCCUAGCGCACGUCAGCGCAUGCCGCCGCGCCUCUCGCGCGCACCACUCGUCGCGCUCGCGGCCCGACACCCUUCCCGCUCGCCGCGCCCGCGCCCCCUAGCGUCGCCGCCGACCGCGCAUCGUCUCAUCCGCGCCGUCGAGGACCGCCCACUGCUGAGCGCUCUUUCCAACCGAUGUACACUUGGGUUUUACGCGCGACGUUUACGGGAGGCGAUGGGAGUGUUUUUAUUUGUAGUGUCGCGUCUCUUCACUGUUAGAACUGCGAUCGCG